AUGUUCCACCGAGUAACUUUUCGAUCAUUACUACUACUCGCGCUGUGUGCAGCGCUGGUGCAUGGCGAAGAGAAGCCAAUAGAAGAAACUAAUAGCUCGCUACCGCUGAAAAAAGCCGAGCGCUGCACCGUCGAUAAGUGCCAACUGCCAAAUUGUCGUUGCUCAGGAUUGCGCCUGCCAAGCGCAGAGUUCCAGGGACGCGAAAAGGAAAUACCGCAGCUCAUCACGAUCACAUUCGAUGAUGCGGUAAAUGUAAUCAACUACGAGCAGUAUCAGCAGCUCUUCCAAGGACUAGUCAAUCCUGAUAACUGCACAGCAAGCGGCACUUUCUACGUCUCACACGAGUACACGGAUUACACACUGGUGAAUGCGCUCUAUCAGCAGGGACAUGAGAUCGCUUUGCAUUCCAUAACACACGGUUCAGGCACAGAUUAUUGGCGCGAGGCGGAUGUUGAGCAAAUAAUGGCUGAAUUUGGUCAGCAAAUCGAAAUGUUGGAACAAUUUGCGAAAGUGAAUCGCAGGCAUAUACGUGGCAUGCGCUUACCUUUCCUACAGAUUGCGGGCAAUAACAGCUUCGAAGCUGCCAAGCGGUUGGAUCUGCUCUACGAUAGCUCAUGGCCGACGCAACGUUAUCGCAAUCCGGCUAUGUGGCCGUACACACUCGACUAUCGCUCGGUGCAGGAUUGCCAGAUUGGUCCAUGUCCACAAGCGUCGAUUCCAGGAUUUUGGGUAAACCCAAUGGUUUCAUGGGUGGAUACACAAGGCUACAGUUGUGCGAUGAUUGAUGCAUGUAUAUUUCCGCCGAAGGAUGAUGUAGACGCGUUGUUCCAGUGGAUGUUGGAGAACUUUAAGCGGCACUAUGAGGGUAAUCGUGCUCCGUUCGGCAUGUAUUUGCAUGCAGCCUGGUUCCAGCGAGGACGGCAUAAUUUUGAGGCAUUUAGGAAAUUCCUUCUCCACGUGAAUAAGCUUCCUGAUGUCUACUUGACCACCGCCUCACGCGUCAUACACUACAUGAAGCAUCCCACCUUGGGCAGACCUUUCCACAGCUGUCCGAAGAAGCCACGCACGACAUGCGUUAAGCAGAAUUGUGCACUAAGAAAAGUGGAGACCGGUGAGAUGCGUUACAUGAAUGUAUGCGAUAGCUGUCCCACAGUCUAUCCAUGGUUGGGAAAUCCACUUGGAACUACGGCGUACUAACGAAGGUGGAGAGUGAGGUAGAGGUGCUACACACAGAUGUGGAGUUUUCUACACAAAAGUACUUUAGAACACCAAGCAAAGGGAAGGCGAAUAUAUUAUGUGAAAGAUGAAAGGAGGAAGCUGAAAGGCAAAACGAAAUAUGCAAAUUUUUAGUAAAAGAAAGUAUUGAAGUCAGGUGUUCAAUAAAACUGAUUUA